GUCGGGAGGGGCGGAGGCUGGGAGUCUCGGAACCGCGCCCAUCUCCUUCCUCCCUCCCCCGAGCCCUAGGAGCCAGUCGGGGGAGGCGGCAUGGAGGGGAGGGCUGCCGAGCCCAGGAUCCCGGAGUCCCGGGUUCCGGGGGCGGCCGGAUGUGGGCUGCACCUGCGGUCGGCGCGCUCCAGCCUCUCUAAGCCCCCUGUGGCUCUGUCACCCGCCAGGAGCUCAGCCAUGUGGGCCCCCAGCCAACGGCAGCUCUGUGUGGCUUUCCUGCUAGUGUGUGUCCUUUCAGCCACCUUGUUCCUCUACGUCCACCAAGACCUCUUUCCCAACGGCCUGGCCCUGACGGCCCUGUGUCCAGGCCGCCGCCCGGUGCCAUCCCCCGUGGCCAUCCUCUGCCUGGCCCCCAACACCUCCGCAUGCCUCAAGCCCCCUGCCUCCCUCUCGGGAACCUGGACCAUCCACCCAGACGGCCGGUUCGGUAACCAGAUGGGGCAGUACGCCACGCUCCUGGCCCUGGCCCAGCUCAACAGUCGCCGGGCCUUCAUCCUGCCCGCCAUGCACGCCGCCCUGGCCCCCGUGUUCCGCAUCACCCUGCCGGUGCUGGCGCCCGAGGUGGACAGCCGCACGCCCUGGCGGGAGCUGGAGCUCCACGACUGGAUGUCCCGGGAGUACGCCCGCCUGAGGGACCCCUUGCUGAAGCUCACCGGCUUUCCCUGCUCCUGGACCUUCUUCCACCACCUCCGGGAGCAGAUCCGCAGGGAAUUCACGCUGCACGACCACCUUCGGCGAGAGGCCCAGGGUCUGCUGAGCCGGCUCCGCCUGGGCCCCACCGGGGACCGCCCUCGCACCUUCGUGGGUGUCCACGUGCGCCGCGGGGACUACCUGCGGGUCAUGCCCCACCGCUGGAAGGGGGUGGUAGGCGACCGCGCUUACCUCCGGCAGGCUAUGGACUGGUUCCGGGCACGGCACGAAGACCCCGUCUUUGUGGUCACCAGCAACGGCAUGGAGUGGUGCCGGGAAAACAUGGACACGUCCCGUGGGGAUGUGAUCUUUGCCGGCGACGGGCAGGAGGGCUCGCCGGGGAGGGACUUCGCGCUGCUCACGCAGUGCAACCACACCAUCAUGACCAUUGGCACUUUUGGCUUCUGGGCCGCCUACCUGACCGGUGGGGACACCGUCUACCUGGCCAACUUCACCCUGCCCGACUCCAACUUCCUGAAGAUCUUUAAGCCCGAGGCUGCCUUCUUGCCCGAGUGGGUGGGCAUUAAUGCAGACUUGUCUCCCCUCCGCUCGUUGGCUGGGCCUUGAGCAGCGGGGAGACUUUCUGGAAUAGCUCGGGCCAGCGUUCUGGGUCUCCGGAGGCCUAGCGGCUUCCGGAGAAGCUUGUGGUAGCCCCGUAGCAGGCGGGCACCCAUUUCUAGAGUAAUCUUAGUUGGCUAGACUUGGAGAAAGAGGACUUGGAGAAAGAGAAACCUCGGGGCUUUCUGUAACUGCCUGGACGUUCUGGAACCAGGAGGGGAUCUUUUCCUGAGGCCUGGCAAUGUCCAGAGAGGCUCACGUCAGUUCUGGAAGGCAAUGCCUUACCCACUGUUCCCAGCACGGAUCCAGGGUACUUCUGGAUGGCUUCACCCCAAAAACGGAGAACUCCCCCCCCACCCCUUCUUUUUUUUUUUUUUUUAAUUU